AUGAACUACCGAGCAAGCGACGGGUGGGAGUCAAACUACCGAGCAAGCGACGGGCGGGAGUCAAACUACCGAGCAAGCGACGGGUGGGAGUCAAACUACCGAGCAAGCGACGGGCGGGAGUCAAACUACCGAGCAAGCGACGGGCGGGAGUCAAACUACCGAGCAAGCGACGGCGACGGGCGGGAGUCAAACUACCGAGCAAGCGACGGGUGGGAGUCAAACUACCGAGCAAGCGACGGGUGGGAGUCAAACUACCGAGCAAGCGACGGGCGGGAGUCAAACUACCGAGCAAGCGACGGGUGGGAGUCAAACUACCGAGCAAGCGACGGGCGGGAGUCAAACUACCGAGCAAGCGACGGGCGGGAGUCAAACUACCGAGCAAGCGACGGAGCAAGCAACGGGCGGGAGUCAAACUACCGAGCAAGCGACGGGCGGGAGUCAAACUACCGAGCAAGCGACGGGAGUCAAACUACCGAGCAAGCGACGGCGGAGUCAGACUACCGAGCAAGCGACGGGCGGGAGUCAAACUACCGAGCAAGCAACGGGCGGAGUCAGACUACCGAGCAAGCGACGGGCGGGAGUCAAACUACCGAGCAAGCGACGGGCGGGAGUCAGACUACCGAGCAAGCGACGGGCGGGAGUCAAACUACCGAGCAAGCGACGGGCGGGAGUCAGACUACCGAGCAAGCGACGGGCGGGAGUCAAACUACCGAGCAAGCGACGGGAGUCAGACUACCGAGCAAGCGACGGGCGGGAGUCAAACUACCGAGCAAGCAACGGGCGGAGUCAAACUACCGAGCAAGCAACGGGCGAGUCAAACUACCGAGCAAGCGACGGGCGGAGUCAAACUACCGAGCAAGCGACGGGCGGAGUCAAACUACCGAGCAAGCGACGGGCGGAGUCAAACUACCGAGCAAGCGACGGGCGGAGUCAAACUACCGAGCAAGCCACGGGCGGGUGUCAGACUACCGAGCAAGCGACGGGCGGGAGUCAAACUACCGAGCAAGCGACGGGCGGGAGUCAAACUACCGAGCAAGCAACGGGCGGGAGUCAUACUACCGAGCAAGCGACGGGCGGGAGUCAAACUACCGAGCAAGCGACGGGCGGGAGUCAAACUACCGAGCAAGCGACGGGCGGGAGUCAAACUACCGAGCAAGCGACGGACUACCGAGCAAGCGACGGGCGGAGUCAAACUACCGAGCAAGCGACGGGGAGUCAAACUACCGAGCAAGCAACGGGCGGGAGUCAAACUACCGAGCAAGCGACGGGCGGGAGUCAAACUACCGAGCAAGCGACGGGCGGGAGUCAAACUACCGAGCAAGCGACGGGCGGGAGUCAAACUACCGAGCAAGCGACGGGCGGGAGUCAAACUACCGAGCAAGCGACGGGCGGGAGUCAGACUACCGAGCAAGCGACGGGCGAGAGUCAAACCUUUACCUUGAGUCAGACUACCGAGCAAGCGACGGGCGGGAGUCAGACUACCGAGCAAGCGACGGGCGGGAGUCAAACCUUUACCUUGAGUCAAACUACCGAGCAAGCGACGGGUGGGAGUCAGACUACCGAGCAAGCGACGGGCGGGAGUCAAACUACCGAGCAAGCGACGGGCGGGAGUCAAACUACCGAGCAAGCGACGGGCGGGAGUCAAACUACCGAGCAAGCGACGGGCGGGAGUCAAACCUUUACCUUGAGUCAAACUACCGAGCAAGCGACGGGCGGGAGUCAAACCUUUACCUUGAGUCAAACUACCGAGCAAGCGACGGGCGGGAGUCAAACCUUUACCUUGAGUCAAACUACCGAGCAAGCGACGGGCGGGGGAAGGGUCAAACAACCGAGCAAGCGAGGGACAGAGCCGUUAUCUCCUUUGUUGACGACACCAACAUCAGCCAGAGCAUCAGCACUCCAGAGGACGUGAACAGCCUGCAACAAGACCUCAGUAACGUGUACACAUGGGCCACACAGAACAACAUGAAUUUCAACCAAGAAAAAUUCGAGCUACUGAGGCUCGGGCCGACCAUCCGCUGGCAGGCCCCUAAGAAAUAG